AUGUUAUUUAUUUUACUUACAUUAUUUUCAUUAAUUCAUGCUUCUGUUAUUAACAAAAGAUGGAAUAAUACUAGUUAUGGUUCUUAUGUUACUGAUGUUCCAUAUCCUUUUGCUUUAGGUGUUCAAGUUGCUGAUGAAUCAAUUUAUUAUGUAUUAUUUCAAGGGGAUGAUGGUCAAGUUUAUCAAACUACUAGUACAAUUGAUUGUACUACUAAAACACAUUCAUCAACUGAAUCUGAAACAACCGAAACUGAAACUGAAACUGAAACUGAAACUGAAACUUUUGAAACUUCAGUUGAAACAGAAACAUCAUUAGAAACCAAAACUACAUUAGAAACAGAAACAACAGUGGAAACCGAAACUACAGUGGAAACUGAAACUACAGUGGAAACUGAAACUACAGUGGAAACCGAAACUUCAUUAGAAACCGAAACUACAGUGGAAACCGAAACUACAUCAGAAACCGAAACAUCAUUGGAAACUGAAACAUCAUUGGAAACUGAAACUUCAUUGGAAACUGAAACUUCAUUAGAAACUGACACUACAAUUAUUUACAAAAAUAGAAGGUGGUAUCAUACAAAACUAACUUCAGAUUGUACUAAACCAACUACAACAUAUGUUUAUCCAACAACAACUCAUUAUUAUCCAACUACAACAUAUUCAUAUAGUCCUUAUUGUCCAACAACUUCUCAAACUUCAACACAUACAAAACCACCACAAUGUAAAGUUUGUAAAUCAAAUCAACAAUUUACUGUCAGAUUAAGAGAUUCAGUUUUAAAAGAUCAACAAAAUAGAAUUGGUGAAAUUGUUGCAAAUCAUCAAUUUCAAUUUGAUUAUCCUCCUCAACCUGAUGCAUUAUAUAAAUCUGGAUUUGCAAUUACAAGACAAAAUAAUAAAUGGUUUUUAGCAAUACAUCAAUCAACAGAAUUUUGGAGAUGUAGAGCUGAUGAUAAUGGAUUAUACAAAAUUUAUGAUGCUUCAAUUGGUGCCCAAUGUUCUAGAGUCAGAUUAGUUGUUAUUCCAUUAGCUAAUUGUUAA